GAGAGAGAGAGAGAGAGCGCAGCACAGGGACUCUGAGGUCCGCAUCGCUCCUCUCGCGCUCCGCUGAUGGACUCGUGAUGAUGAUGAUCAUGAUGAUGAUGAAGAGGAUGUCAAUGCAUCAGCCGCUGCUCGUGUCGGAUGAACCGGAUCGAUGUGUUUGAUUGGAUAUGAAAUGAAUGAUGAAUGUGUUCAGAGAUCUGAGUUGAUUGAUUCAAACGCGCUUCUUCAUCAUGGAUACCAAUCUUCUCACUCUCUUCAAACUUUCCCUGAUCUUCGCAGUGAACAUGCUGAUGACGAGAAGUUUAUCAGAUGCAGAUGGCGUUGAUCUGUCGUUCACCCAGCAGCCGCGGCUCCUGCAGUGCAAUCAGACCGUCCUGCUGCUGGAGAUGGAGAGAUGUGGAGAACGAUUCAGAAGCGACAUGAGUCACAUCCAUCCAGACGACAGAUGCAACCUCACGCACUUCAUCAGAGAGUAUCACGUCUUCUCCUCCUGCACGGAGACCAACGCCGAGCGCAUCGGAUGCUUCUGGCCGAACCCAUCGGUGGAGCGCUUCAUCAUCAGCAUCCACAAACACUUCUUCUCCAACUGCAGCCUGGAGCAGGUGUUCAUCGACCCGCCGGACGACACGCUCACCCUCCUCAUCCUCGUGCCCGUCUUCCUCACGCUGGCCAUGGUGGUGCUGGUGGUGUGGUGCAGUAAGAGGAGUGAUCUCCUGGCCUAGAACAGCAUCAGGACCGCUCCGACGCACAGAAGCAUCUCUCCUGAUCUCACUGAAGCGUCUGCUGGACUCCUGCAGAAGUCUCCGCUCGUCUCGCAGCGCUCACUGAUGAGCAAUUACUGUUUUUACAGCUGCUUACACACAUUUCCAAAACUUUACACACAAAGCCAAGAAUUGCACACACAAAAUCUAAAAAAGAAAACUGUAAUUCAGUGCUAAUAGAGAGUGAAGAUCUGUCAGGAUCUCGGGAAGGACUAGAUGAGUCGUGUACUGUGCAGCUAUUAUUUAAUGUUUUAAUUAAAUAAGGUAGAUUAAGAGCAUUUGUCAAACACACACUGCCGUGUUUGUGGUCUCUCAUCGCUCAGUCUGACACGCAUCGCCCGCUCAUUCAUCCAGAGAUUUGGGCUUGUGUUUUUCUCUCUGACUUGCAGGAAAGUCCUGAAAUGAUCAACAUGUUCCUGCCAAACACAAACCACUGUUAUGAUUGAUUCAGACUGAAGCGGGACGUGAAUGUUUUCCAAUGAGAAUCCGACGAGGCUUGUUUUAGGAUGACGGUAUUAUUUAUAUGAGAAGGAAAGCCGAGUAUUGUGUGUGACUUUGAGAUACAAACACAAGACAAUAGUUGCUCUCAAACGUCUGGCCUCGUGUUCUCCAGCAGAGCCAGAGCCGCUCGGCCGCAGGAAGGAAAUAAAAGCCUUUCCCAUGAAUGAGAGGAAAUGAGCUGGUUAUGAUUUCACCAAAAGAGCUACAGGAAGUGCUGCCAUGUUCCCCAAACCUGUGUGUGUCUGAAGGCUUCGUCUUCAUCGGUCUCGUCAGCAUUUCUUCAGAGAAGGACCACAUUAAUGAUUUUGUUGUUUGAACGACACACAAAAGAUUCAUCGAUCUGGAUUUCACAGUUCUAACAUAAACUAAUAAACUUAAAGUAAUGCAUAUUUGUCAGUCAUUCAUCAAUGAAACAGGUCAGAUUUACAUCUACUUGAUUUUAUUUAAAUUUGUUAAAUCUGUUCAUUGUGAGAAUAAAUAAAUUCCUUUUUAAAAGUAUGAAGACGUGACUGCCUGUGAAUCGAGCAAUUCAUGAACUGAAACAAACUUUAUUUAUUAAUGAUAAAUAUAUAAAGCUGAUUAUUGUGUAUAUGAAGUAUUUAAAUGAACACUGUUACAGAAAUCUGAUCUGUUUCAUUGCUUUUAGUUUUUAAUUGAACUACAUCAAUCUUAAACUGCAGUGUUUGAUGGAGGCCUGGUGUACUGACUGUGUAUCGCUGUACGUCUGUGUGUUUGGCUGCGAGCUGGUUCUCUGUUCGGAGUGUAUUAUUGGACGUGGACUGAGAGUUUCUUUACGCCUCCAGCGCUCACUUCCUGUUUACUUUAGAAAGCCCACACUACUAAGUGCAAGUUCACGCAGAAGCACAACGGAGCUAAUUUUAGCUGGACUCACAGAUUCCCGUCACAUGCGUUUCUUCCAUCGUCCCGCUGCGGACGUGAUGAUGAUCUGGAGCACAGAAUCAGCCCGAGCUUCUUUCCUGCUGAAAUCAUGAAUCAUAUGUUCAUAUCCCACACUCAGAAACUGUUUCAGCUGAAGGCUUCUGUUUAUCUGUGAGAUAAUAAAUGAUCUGAUUUAUUCUG